UAAUUUUGUACUCUACAUCGGAGAAAACCUUUCACUGAUGGCCCCACCUUACAGUAUCUAUAAAAGACAGCUGCACGCAAUUCGCAUCAUCAGUUUCAUUUAACUUUCAUUCGACGCCUCAAGUGUGGAAACAUGAGAUUUAUUGGCGCCAGCAUCCUUUUGGCAUUGGCUUCAGGCAUAGCGCAUGCCGGAUUCGCAGGCAGCCUCGAUCAUGGUGCGGGCGGUGGCGGUGGUUAUGAUUACUCCGGAGGCGGCGACCAGGGUGGUGAAGGGCACUUGGAGCAUGGCGGCGGAAACCAGUUAGACAUUGGUGGAGGAGGAGGAGGUGAAGGACACUUGGAGGAGGGUGGCGGAGGCGGCGGCCACCUGGAACAGGGCGGCGAAGGCGGUGGUGGCCACCUCGAGCUCGGCGGAGGCGGUGGUGGACACUUUGGACUUAGCAGCGGCGGCGGUCAUUUUGAUCUGGGUGGAGGCGGCGGUCACUUGGAGCUAGGGGGCAGCGGAGGUGGAGGAGAAGGUGGCCACCACGGACUUGAACUUGGUGGAGGAGGUCACGGUCUUGAGCUGGGAGGAGGAGGAGAAGGUCAUCAUGAGUUUGAGCACCACGGUGUUGACGGAGGGUCUGAGCACCAUCACAUCCCAACCAAAACUAUUGAGCACACUAAGCCUGUCCCGGUACAUAUUGUGAAGAAGAUUGGAGUUCCUGUUCCUCAUCCUGUGGGAGUACCUGUACCUCAAGUUUUUAAAAUACCCGUUCCCCAACCUUAUGCUGUCCAUAUUCCGGUACCGCAACCUAUUGCUAUCCCUAUCUACAAGUUGGUUCCUCAAGAAAUUGAAAAAAAGGUCCCAAUCACCGUUGAGAAAUUAGUCCCUGUCACUGUCGAAAAGCCCGUUAAAAUUGAAAUUGAAAAGCACCAUCCUGUAUACAUCGCAAAACCUUAUCCAGUUCACAUCCCUGUUUACAAGCACGUAUUCCAUCACGUUCCCAAACACGGCGGCGGCGGUGGAGGCGGUGGUGGAGGUCAUGGAUGGCAUUAAGCGUCGAAUUAGGCUCAUCUGAUCAUUUCCAUUUCUUUAUCAUCAACAUUUAACUUAUCAUCGCGAUCAUUUUGUUGUUAUUGUUACGUUUUGUUGAAUUUUGUACAAAUAAACAUUUUUCUUAUA